GGAUAAUGGACUUUCAUUCAGGAGACCUGACAAGCGCCCGAACACCGUGUUGACUUGUCUCGAUUACGUGUCUGGAGGCCUUGGUUACGCGUGGCUUGUCAGAAAAUCAGAAAAGUCCGAGAUAAGCUACGACGGGGGUGGUGGAAGUACUUGGGCCAUCAUCACCACCCAGCAUUUGCCUAUGUGAGUUGAAAGUCAUCCUGUGGUCAUCACUUGACAUGAACACAUACGCCAGACGCAGAAAAUAGAACACGCAUCAUCUCCCUCGCUUCCUCGCCGGUUCUUCCUGAUUCUGAUAUGGGUUCAAAGGAUUACACACGCACGUGAUGUCAGCGAUGUAUACGAGCAAUGCGCGGUCAUGGAUGAAUGGAAAGCGACGUUCAUUCAAUGUGCCAAUGCGGAUGUCUAUAUCUCGUCGAAGGGACGGUCAAAGAGCAGCUCCCAUGCGGACCAGCGUGGAUCACCAGCUCCUUGUUUCCAAACUCUGAGCUAUCAAGCCAGCAAUGGCCAUGUCCCAUGUGCUGCAAAGCGUUCCCAUCCCUGCUCUACAAACGCCAUCCCUCCUCCAUAUCCUCCUUUCUGUCCCGCUCUUGAUCGGCGCCACCUGCCUUCUAACAUGGCUGCUCACGACCAUCCAGUUUUCCCUCUCGGUCAAGAAGUUCAGGGCCCUCAAAUCCGGGCGUGCUGCGACGCAAGCGAUCCCUACAAAGCCGCCCGUUCUGCCUUACGCAAUCCCGUGGCUAGGCCAUGCUUGGGCCUUUUUGAAUGAAAACCCCGGGUCUUUCUGGCGCACGCUGCAGAUGAAACUCGACAAGACGGGAACCAACCUCCAGUUCUGCACGGUCCUGCUCGCGGGCCAGCGGGUCCACAUCACCAACUCUGCCACGGCCGUACAGGCGUUGUUCAGAAGCAGACAGGUGUCGCGAGAAUUGUUCAACCGGCAGAUCGCGGUGGACGCGCUGGGGUGUUCGAAGAGAGACGCCGAAAUCAUGUUCCCUCCCACCCCGGGCCUGGGUCGAGGUCACGGAAAUCGAAAUGCCAAUGCCACGACAACGGACGCCGCGGUACCGCAGGAGGAGGAAAAGGACAAGCGUCUCAGCAUGGACGCCAUCAACCACGAGUUCCUCCUCCACCAGACCGCCGCCAACGCGCUGACGAACAAGUUCAUGGCAUAUUUCACCGCGGCGCUGGAUGGCGCAACCGAGGUCGGAGACGAGUGGACCACGAUCGACCUGCUCGCCUGGUUGAAGAAGAUCAUGUUCGAGGCAUCCACCACGGCGUUGCUAGGGACCAAGAUCCUCGAGAUGAAUCCAGACCUGGCCGAGCAGUUUUGGGCGUACGACGCCACCUUCCUGGCGAGGUUCUACGGCCUGCCCAAACUCGUGAAACCGGGCGCCUACGCCUGUCUUGAGACGAUCCUCGACCGGACGGCCGAAUGGGUCGAGGCCGCGCGGGCAGAGUGUGGCGGCAAUCCGCCCGAGGAGCCGGACUGGGAGCCACUGUUUGGAUCCAAGGUCAUGAGGGCGAGGCACCGAUUCUAUGAGCGGAGGGGGCUGAGUUCACGAGGCAGAGCGGCCUUUGAUAUCGGGUUUCUGUUUGCUGUUUCAUCAAACGUCAUCCCGAUUACAAGCUGGCUGCUCGCUCACAUUCUCUCGCCCAUGACGCCCAAGGACACGCUCACGAGGAUCCAGGGCGAGGUCGAGCGCGCGAAGAGACCCGACGACGGCACCGUGGACAUCUCGGCGCUGCUGACCCAGCCGCUGCUCAACUCGGCCGUGCACGAGACGAUGCGGCACUACCUCGACCUGCUGGUCACGCGGCAGCUGACGACGGACACGGUGCUGGAUGGCUACCUCUUGAAGAAGGGCGAAUUGAUCAUGGCGCCGACCUCGUUCAGCCACCACGACCCCCGGUUUUGGGAUGACGACCACCACCGCCAUCAUCGGCCGCAGGGAAGCGACGGGUGGGACGCCGAGAGAUUCCUCCGCCGUGAUCCCGACACGGGCAGGGAGACGUCCACCACCUCGUGGGCGGCGGGCAAGUUCUUCCCCUUUGGCGGCGGCGCGCACGCGUGUCCCGGCCGCGUGUUCGCCCGGCAGGAGAUCCUGGGCGCGGUGGCCACGCUCCUAACCCGGUUUGAGGUGCGGUUCGUCGAGUACGUGAGCACGGACGGCGCGAAUCCUGCUGGGUUUCCGCGCGUCAGGCGUCAGUACGCGGGUAAUGGGGCGUUGAAUAUGGAUGGAGACAUCCGCGUCGAGAUCAGGAGGCGAUGA